ACUCUCUUCAACUCCAUGGUUAAUACGUUGGAGGGUUGCUUGAAUUGUCUUCACAUGCUUCCAAGUAGAAAGAAGCCAUUACCAAUUCUUCAUAAUGUCAGUGGAAUCAUCAAACCUCACAGAAUGGCAUUGCUUCUAGGCCCUCCAAGCUCUGGAAAGACCACAUUACUAUUGACUUUGGCUGGAAAACUUGGAAAAGAGUUGAAAUUUUCAGGGAGAGUUACAUAUAAUGGACAUGGGAUGAAAGAGUUUGUACCACAGAGAACCUCAGCUUACAUAAGUCAGUAUGAUCUGCAUAUUGGAGAAAUGACAGUGAGAGAGACGCUAGCUUUCUCAGCAAGAUGUCAAGGGGUUGGUCCCCGUUAUGAGCUGUUGGCAGAAUUAUCAAGAAGAGAAAAGGCUGCAAAUAUCAAACCAGAUCCUGAUAUUGAUCUUUACAUGAAGGCGAUAUCUCUAGAAGGACAAGAGACCAAUGUAGUCACAGAUUAUGUUCUCAAGAUUUUGGGACUUGAAAUAUGUGCUGACACCAUGGUGGGAGAUGAAAUGAUAAGAGGCAUCUCCGGUGGAGAAAAGAAACGUGUAACAACAGGGGAAAUGCUGGUUGGACCUGCAAGAGCACUUUUCAUGGAUGAGAUAUCAACUGGUUUGGACAGUUCGACAACAUUCCAAAUUGUGAAUUCACUUAGACAGUCUAUUCAUAUAUUCAAUGGAACUGCUCUUAUUUCUCUUCUGCAACCAGCACCAGAAACAUAUGAAUUAUUUGAUGACAUAAUUCUUCUCUCUGAUGGGCAUAUUGUGUAUCAAGGUCCCCGAGAAAAUGUACUAGAAUUCUUUGAAUACAUGGGCUUCAAGUGCCCGGAGAGGAAAGGAGUUGCAGACUUUUUACAAGAAGUGACUUCGAGGAAAGAUCAAGAGCAGUACUGGGCAAACAAAGAUGAGCCUUAUAGCUUUGUGACGUCUCAGGAAUUUGCUGAAGCUUUUCAAUCAUUUCAUAUUGGUCGAAAACUGGGUGAUGAGCUUGCUACUCCAUUUGACAAGUCCAAAAGUCACCCUUCUGCCUUAACAAAGGAGAAAUAUGGCUGCAGCAAGAAAGAAUUGUUGAAAGCUUGCAUCUCAAGAGAAUAUUUGCUUAUGAAGAGAAACUCAUUUGUCUACAUUUUCAAAAUGUUUCAGCUCACGUUGGCGGCUAUAAUAACCAUGACACUAUUUCUACGGACUGAGAUGCACAAAGAUACAGUGACAGACGGUGGAGUUUUUCUGGGAUCUCUGUUUUUCACCAUGGUUAUGAUUAUGUUUAACGGAUUCUCAGAGCUUGCCAUGACUAUAAUGAAACUUCCCGUCUUUUACAAGCAAAGGGACCUUCUUUUUUAUCCUUCAUGGGCGUACUCAUUGCCCACAUGGAUCCUUAAGAUCCCAAUCACUUUUGUCGAAGUUGGGGUUUGGGUGUUCACAACUUACUACGUUAUAGGCUAUGAUCCAAAUGUUCAAAGGUUUUUCAGGCAGUACUUAAUACUCGUAUGUGUCAACCAGAUGGCGUCUGCGCUAUUUCGAUUUAUUGGGGCAGUCGGAAGGAACAUAAUUGUUGCAAACACAUUUGGCUCAUUUGCUUUACUAGCAGUCAUGGUUUUGGGUGGCUUUGUCUUAUCAAGAGCUAAUGUAAAGAAAUGGUGGUUGUGGGGUUACUGGUUCUCGCCAAUGAUGUAUGGACAGAAUGGUAUAGCUGUGAAUGAAUUUCUGGGGAAGAGUUGGAGUCAUAUUCCUCCGAAUUCGACAGAACCAUUGGGAGUUCAGGUCCUGAAAAGUCGUGGGCUCUUCCCACAAGCAUAUUGGUAUUGGAUUGGAGUAGGAGCUUGCAUUGGAUAUGUAUUUCUAUUCAACUUCCUUUUUACAGUGGCUUUACAAUAUCUUAAUCGUAAGUACUCUAUGAGUUUUAUUUUUGCUGCAGCAUUUGGAAAGCCUCAGGCAAUACUAACCAAAGAGGCCUUUGAUGAGAAAUGCAAUAGCAAAGAAGGGGACUCCCAGGAGCUAUCACAGAGGGGAAAAGUCUCUACCGAAAGAAGAAAUGAAAGUCGAAGAAGUGUGUCAUCUAAGACCCUAUCUGCAAGAGUGGGAAGCUUUUCUGGACAAGAGCAGAACAGAAGGCGAGGAAUGACUCUUCCUUUUGAACCUCAUUCGAUUGCUUUUGAUGAAAUCAGAUAUGCGGUAGACAUGCCACAGGAAAUGAAAGUUCAAGGUAUUCCCGAGGAUCGGUUAGAGCUUUUGAAGGGGGUGAGUGGGGCUUUUAGGCCAGGUGUGCUCACAGCUCUCAUGGGUGUUAGUGGGGCUGGCAAGACCACUCUCAUGGAUGUGCUUUCUGGAAGGAAAACAGGUGGGUAUAUCUCUGGUAGAAUUACAAUAUCUGGGUACCCGAAAAAGCAAGAAACAUUUGCUCGCAUAUCAGGAUAUUGCGAGCAAACUGAUAUUCAUUCUCCUCAUGUUACUGUCUAUGAGUCCUUGCUUUAUUCUGCCUGGCUUCGGUUGCUUCCUGAGGUCAAUUCUGAUACCAGAAAGAUGUUUAUUGAGGAAGUCAUGGAGCUUGUGGAGCUGAAUCCACUAAGGGAAGCGCUUGUCGGAUUGCCUGGUGUGAACGGGCUUUCAACCGAGCAGAGAAAGAGGCUGACCAUUGCGGUGGAACUUGUCGCCAACCCAUCAAUAAUAUUCAUGGAUGAGCCAACUUCUGGCCUUGAUGCCAGGGCAGCUGCAAUAGUAAUGAGAACAGUGAGGAACACAGUAGAUACAGGAAGGACUGUGUUUUGCACUAUCCACCAGCCAAGUAUUGACAUCUUUGAUGCUUUUGAUGAGCUACUUCUAUUGAAACGAGGAGGCGAAGAGAUAUAUGUCGGUCCAGUAGGCCGCCAUUCUUCUCUAUUGAUCAAGUAUUUUGAGGGAAUUGAAGGAGUGCCUAGGAUUAGAGAUGGUCAUAAUCCUGCAACUUGGAUGUUGGAGGUUACAACAGCAGCCCAAGAAGCAGCUCUCGGAAUCAACUUCACUGAUAUCUACAAAAACUCAGAAUUAUGCAGGAGAAACAAGGAAUUGAUCAAAGAAUUAAGUACACCUCCACCAGGUUCAAAAGAUCUUCACUUUGGAACCACAUAUUCACAGUCUUUCUUCACACAAUGCAUAGCUUGCUUGUGGAAACAGCAUAUGUCAUAUUGGAGGAAUCCACCAUACACUGCAGUCAGACUUUUUUUCACAGCUUUUAUCGCUUUGAUGUUUGGGACAAUUUUCUGGGAUAUUGGCUCCAAAAGAAAAAGCCAACAAGAUGUUUUCAAUGCAAUGGGCUCCAUGUAUGCUGCUGUACUCUUCAUCGGCGCACAAAAUGCAGUGUCGGUGCAGCCGGUUGUGGCCAUUGAAAGAACGGUCUUUUACAGAGAAAGAGCGGCUGGAAUGUAUUCAACUUUACCAUAUGCUUUCGGCCAGGUUGUGAUAGAGCUUCCCCACAUUUUAGUACAGUCAAUUAUAUAUGGAGUUAUAGUAUAUGCCAUGCUUGGGUUUGAAUGGACAGCGAGCAAAUUCUUCUGGUAUCUCUUCAUCAUGUACUUCACACUUUUAUACUUCACAUUUUAUGGGAUGAUGUCAGUGGCUGUUACUCCUAAUCACAACAUUGCUGCCAUAGUAUCUUCUUUCUUCUAUUUAAUGUGGAAUCUCUUUUCGGGAUUCAUCAUUCCUCGCACGAGGAUGCCAUUGUGGUGGAGAUGGUACUACUGGAUUUGUCCUGUGGCAUAUACAUUGUAUGGUCUGGUAACUUCACAGUUUGGAGAUAUAGAAGACUCAUUAGACACUGGUGAGAAGGUGAAAGAUUUUGUGACCAAUUACUUUGGAUAUGACUCUGACUUUCUGGGUAUAGUUGGGCUUAUAUUGGUGGGGUUUACUCUAGUUUUUGGAUUCUGUUUUGCCUUUGCCAUAAAGGCAUUCAACUUCCAGAAAAGAUGAAAAUGUCAUCAACAUGUGCACCCAUUUUUUUAGUAUUCAAUUAGACAUCCAAAUAAUAUCAUCAUAUGAUUAAACA